AGGUCAGAGGAGCUUGCCAGAGACGGGAGCAAUGAGCAACUCAUAAGAAUGUAGACAACGCCCGCACGCAGAAUGUGCUUCUCGUAGUAGCGCGUCUUUUCGAAUCCUUUUCAUCCAGAGAGACAGGUUGAGAUGAAGGUCUUCAUUGUUGUCUCGGUCCUCGCGUCGUCUCUGCUCGCAGAGGCGAGCUGGAGGAGAAACUUGAACUACGCGUCUCCUUCGCACAACCACCCGGGACUGGGCAUAUCGCUCCACAAGGUCAACAAGCGGAACACUCCUGGUCAGGCAUUCCAUGCAUCGCAGCUUAACUUCACUCAUGGCGUGGCCUCGGGCGAUCCAUACCCAGACUCCGUCAUCCUCUGGACUCGUCUCGCUCCCAUUGCAGCAUCGAAUGACACGGCCAGCAACGCCACUGUGAGCGGCUACGUCCCACUCUACAACCAUGGUCCCAAGCAGGUGUCCACUGCCCCAGUCUGCGCCGAGUGGAAAGUGUCCAAAACGAAGGACUUCGAACACGUGGAGAGCUCCGGCACAGCAUAUACCUCGAGCGACAUUGACUACACCCUCAAAGUCGAAGCUACGAAUUUGACGCCCUGGACCAGGUACUACUACCAGUUCAAUGCCUGUGGCAGCAACAACACGAGUCCGCUCGGUCGUACGAAGACGACACCGCACCCCACUGACUAUGUUACCAACGUGGGCCUGGCGGUAUACUCGUGCAGCAACUUCCCGUUUGGCUUCUUCAACGCAUAUGGCAAUCCAGCGCGCAAAGACAGCGUUGACUUUGUGAUCCACCUGGGCGACUACAUUUACGAGUAUGCUGGAAAUGGAGACUACGGUUAUGGCUACUCCAUCGGCCGCAUCCCGAAGCCAGAGAGCAUCAUUUACACUCUGGACGACUAUCGCAUGCGCUACGCCACUUACCGCACUGAUGAGGACCUGCUGCUGUCCCACCAGAAAUUUCCAUGGAUUCCGGUCUGGGAUGACCACGAGGUGUCGGACAACACGUACCGCGACGGUGCUUCCAAGCUCAACAACACUGAAGCAUCUUUCAUUCAAGAUGGCGGUGUUUCCGUGGAUCAGCGCAAGAUGAACGCUGUCCGAGCAUAUUUCGAGUGGAUGCCCAUCCGCCAAGUUGAGCUAGAUGACAACCUUCGCAUUUGGCGCAACUUCCAGAUCGGUUCUCUGUUCGACUUGAUCAUGCUGGACACUCGCCAAUAUGACAGGUCUAUUACCGAUUUGUAUUGGAACACCGACUACAUCCACGCCAUCUCUAACGAUGCUGGCCGGAGCAUGAUGGGCAGUAGGCAGGAAAACUGGUUCUACAACUCUCUCGGCGACUCUGCCAACCGUGGCGCACGAUGGAGAGUUAUUGGCUCGCAAACCGUCUUUUCUCGCGUGAACGAGUCCGUCUCGUUCGGGAACGUGAACCCCCUCGAUUACGAUGCUUGGGACGGUUACCAGGCCAACCGAAACAGGACUCUGAACUUUUUGACGCAGAACGACAUUGGCAAUAACAUUGUCAUCAGUGGUGACAGUCACGCCUCGUGGGUGUCUGACCUCGCUUGGCUCGGGCAUGCGAACUAUUCCGCUGAAAGUGGAGCCGGCUCACUCGGGGUUGAGUUUGCUGGUUCGGCCGUCUCGUCACCUUGCCCAUAUGGCCAGAACAUCACGCAGAAGUCUGCAAACAACUACUCCGACAUCCUGGAAGCUGCAAAUGCGGAGUUACACUGGAACGACAUCUACUACCGGGGCUAUUUUGAGCUCCAUCUGAAUUACGAUGAGGUCAACGCGAGCUUCUUUGGCCUGCCCACGAUCGUGACCAGGAACCCACUUGAGAUCAGCUUGGCCAACUUCACGGUCAAGAGUGGCGACAACAGAUUGCAGAGGCCGAUUGCGGGCGGGGUUGCAGAGAGUGGAAGCCUCAAGGGUGGGCGCAUCAUGCAGAGCAACAUGACCAACAACACCGAGACUGGUGUGUACACGAUCAGCAUGUUUGACCAGGAGGAUAUCUAGGAGGGCCAUGCACAUGGGCCGGAUGACAGUAACGAGGCACGAGCCUACAGGUACCUAGAGGCUAGGGUAAGGUAUAUGUACCUUAUGUUACCUUGGCAGGGGAGUGGAAGCACAUCAGG